UUUAUAAUGGUGAUAAAUGGAUGGAAUUGGGCGAUAGGCGAUAUGUUUUAGAUACUGAAUACAAAAACUGGUGAAAUUUGACGAUCAAUUUCAAAUACUAAUUCCACAAACCUGUGGAAUUUGACGAGAAGUGUUAGAAUACUGAAUACUGGUGAAAUUUGACGAUCAAUUUUAAAUUUUAAACUGGUGAAAUGUGAUGAUUAUUUUUUAAUACUGAAUACAAAAACUGAACUGGAGUAUUUUGGCGAUGAGGUUUAGGUACUAAAUACAAAACUGGUGAAAUUUAACGAUGAAUAUUAGAUACUGAAUCCAAAAUUUGACGUAGAGUUGAACGAUCCCAAAUCUGUUAAAAGUCAUUGAUUUGUGUUUAAACGACGGUCUAAUUGGUUUAAACUGGAUAAGUUUUACAGCAGUUGAAUACAAUAUGUGAUAACCAUGAUUCGUAUGAAUCACAACCAUGGUAAAACUCAGUUAGUACAUACAUUGUUUAUUCCUGUGGACGGUGAUAAACUAGAUUACUUUCAGUUACUGAAUACACAUUUUUAUAAACAUAAGUCAGUCAUAAAUGGCACCAGGUAUUCAGAAAUGAAUCUACGCGUAGUAAAAUAAGCUAAUCAUAAGUACGGAUCUGUACUUAAUAAAUUUCAAUAAACAGAGCUAUUAACUGUGUAUUGUUUCAAAGUGAUAAACGAAAGGAAUUUGUUUCAAAGUUUUAAGGUUUGCCACGGGUUUUAGUUUUUAGUAUUUAGUUAUGUAAUAGAAGGAGUCUGGGUAGUGAUAUCUAUUGUCAUAAGGUAUAACAUCAGACAGGCCAUGCAAUGUUAUAGUCAACCUGUACCUGUGAUUUCUAUCUCCGUGUUCAAUGAAUGAAGCAUCUGACAUCAGGAACAUUUGGCAUGAAUAUAACUUGCAAUAAACAUGUUCGGAAUAUUAUAAGUUGUAAAAUUAUACAAUUAAGAAUGUCGUGAUGUGAUCAGAUUUGUAGCUCUUUUCUAUUAAAAAUUUCAGUGGCUUUCAUUGCUGGCAGUGACGUGGAAUCGUAGCAUAUACAUGAAUAUUUCAUAAAUAUUUCGUAAAUAUAAUGAGUUAGGUCCAAAUCUGAGUUAUUGAAAUGAAAUGGCAGAUAUUCAGGGAUAAUUAUUUCUAUAGCAUCUUGUCGCAGAUUCUGUAUUUAAUAAUUUAACAAUACAAGUUCUUCCUUGUCGUUAAGCUGGUCGGCCCUAGGGAGGUUUGGUUAUAAAGAGUGUCGCAGAUGUUAAACCUGUCUAUAAUGUCUAUAACUAUCCUGGUGAACGUUUUAUGUUCGGUGUACUGAACCAGAAUCCGCUGUCGACGGACAGGACUUAAGAAACUAUGAAAAUUCUGCACAGACCUGUUUGAAUAUAAAACCCACAAUAAGAUUGUGCUGUCAUAAACUCUGUGGUGUCAAGUCUUAGAUCUUCCAAAAAUAAGGAUCUUUGGUCCGGGCAGGACACCAUCGUCCAAUAAUAGCUGAAAGAAGUGUUGUGGAGACUUGAAUAACAGAAGCCAAUCUGGGGUUAGCUUGAUUACGCACCAGGAUUUCUUAUAAACGCGACAAGAAUUUCUAAGUUAUGUGAAGUCUUCAGAUCAAUUAGAGAUGUUGCCAGGUGUUCUAGAAUAGACAUACUUUGGGGCUGUGGAUUAUUUAUAUGAUAUAAAAAGACAUAUUUGUUGAAAUGAAAAUGUCGAGUUUCAGCGUGAUCAGUAUAUGCAAUUACAGUACAAUAAUAUUCUCGGGUAAUAUUCUCGUUUUGUUGAUGGUUGCCAUAGCAACCGACUACUGGGAAUACAACGGUUUUAAUUUUGACGCUUUGUUGAAAAUUUUACCGAAAAUGAACAAUGUGAACGUGUUUAUACCACGUGAUACGAGAACCUACCUGGAAAUUGUUUACAUCAAAGACGAACCGGUCAGGUAUUACACAGGUAACAAAAGCUCUACCCAAUACUUCUACCAACCUCCAGUGUUCGCCACGGUCGGACCUAUUGGUCGAGAAAAGAAUGGUGUGAUUCGGGUAGAAACUAGGAUAUUUGUAUUCUAUCAAUAUAGCAACCUGUUUCGAGACUGUAAUGAUUUAGAAGAUGGUGUACGGCAUCGUUUAGGGAUCAAGUUGAUACAGAAACAGAAAUGUAUAAAUUUUAUCUUUAUGCCAUCUGAUGACUAUAGAUCACAAUACGAUGAUGCAGUGACUGUUUUAAGAAUAGAGAGAGCGGCCUUUUCAUUCGCUGUUUUUUGUAUCCUAUGUAUGGCGGUAUCUUUAACGACAGGUUUUAUUGGUGCAUCCUCCAGAAGGCCACGAUUGGUCAUAAAUGCCUCGGCUUUCUCCCUUGCCUCAGGUAUGUGUCUGCUGGUAGCCAUAGCUUUAUUUAAUGGCAAAAGUCACCUUCAACAGAGAUGGCCGCUAUUGCCCCAUGUGGUGUUUCCUUUUAAACACGAUCUUGACAUUCAUAAAGACCAUAGUUACGGUUGGUCGUUCGUGUUGGCAUGGAUAUGUGUAGCUUUGAAUUUCCUGUCAUCUUUUGUGUGGCUAUAUAAAUCACAGUAUAUGAUUGAUCCAUUGGAACCAUCCCGAAAACGUUCACGACGUCGAUCAAGAAAAAAAGCAACAGCAGUUAAAAAUUACAAUUACUAUCCACAUACUAUAGAAGAAAGCGAGGCUUUAUGCGACCUUUAAAGAUUGGUAGUUCGUAUAUGUAGACACUGAUUCUUGGCACACGAAUGAAAAAUUAUUAUUUUCGACAGUUUGAAAAUUGUAGGCUACUGUUUCAUG